AUGACGAUUAUCGUAGCAUCGUUAUUUUUACCAUAUACCCCUCAAUUUGAGGUCAUUGAUCCAGACGCAAUCACUAGCGAAUUGGCUGAAUCAAAUUUAAUCAAAGUCGUAGAUAACAAUGAAAAUAUAAGAAAAAAAAGGACAAGUUCCGUUCAUUCAGCCUCUCCUUUCCUACUUAAUAACUUAUCUCAAGAAAGUAUGGCUGGAGCUGCUGCAGCUAUCGGUACAACUCAUUCUCCAUCCCUUGAACCACUUAACAAAUUUACUGCCAUUCCUGGUCAACAUCACCAACAACAACAACAACAACAACAACCAAUUCCAAGCAUUAACAUUUCAAGUGCUUCAACGGGUGACUUGGCUCAUCCUAAUCCUUUAACCAUUGAUGAAGUCGUUUCAAGCGAACAAUUCAUGGAAAAUUUGACUGCAAGUGGAACAGUUUCUCAUACACCAGCUUUAUCUGCACAUCAUCAUCCUGCUCAAAAUGCUUCUGCAUCUGUAGAGGAAUUCUUCUCUUCUUCAAACACAGUUCCUGAUCAAAUUGGCUCUCCGGCUUAUUCAAUCUCUUCAGCUCCUGGCCUUGACAUUGCUAAUGCAGCCAAUUCGAUUUCAACUGGCCCCUUCUCAACAGGUACCUCACCUGAUCCAACUGCAAGUCUUUUGAAAAAUGUCAAUAAAUCAUUAUUAGUUCAUUCUGUAUUGAACUUAAACAAUGCCUCUCAAACUAGUUUGGAUAGUUUAACUAACAAAUAUAACCAAACAAACGUGACGAAGGGUACUGUUAUUACACCAAAAUCAAGAGCUAUACCAGAUAUUAGCUCAGCUGUAGUUAAUUUUGCCAAAGUAAAACAAAAACAUCAACAACAAUCAAAUUUACCAUCAAUGAGAAGAAUGCAAUCAACUCCAAAUGUACAUACUUCAUCUUCAACUUCAACAACAGCUGCCGGACCCACCACUGGAAAUGUUACUAAUCGUCAUGGUACCACACCUGCUAAAGUAAGUUCCAAUUUGAAAUAUUCUCAGCUAGCUGAAACAGAAACUGAGACAGAAACUGAACAUGAAACAGAAUCUGAAGGUACAAGAUCAAAAUCUGCUUCAAUUACACAGGAUCACAAUAUACCAUUAUAUGAUGCCAAAGAACAACAGGGAAAAGACAGCACUGUUCAUUCGGACACUUUAAGUCCAAUAAUCCGUAAAACUGAUAAAGAAAAGAAGUCUAUUGAUGAAGAAAAUGACUCGGAUUCUGAUUUAGAAGUAGACUCUAAAGAUAAAAAAUACAAUGUUCCUCAAUUUGGUGGGUUUUCUAACAAUGCAAAAUUAAGAGCUCAAUUAUUAAGUAGCUCACAUGAAUUAUUUAGAAACUUACCAUGGAAAAUUGCAUUGAAUGAUAAGGGUAAUGGUGCCAUGAAAAAUGCUAUAAAUACAGCAAUCAUUGAAGAAACAAUUAAAGAACCUGUUUCAUGGGUUGGUACAGUUGGUAUCCCCACUGAUGAAAUCCCCGAUGAAAUCACUGCUAAAAUCUCCAAGACUUUACAAGAUGAAUAUCAGAGUACAGCCGUUGUUACAGAUGAUAUUACAUUCAAGGGAGCUUAUAAAAAUUUCUGUAAACAAAUCUUGUGGCCAACUUUACAUUAUCAAAUUCCAGAUAAUCCAAAUUCGAAAGCAUUUGAAGAUCAUUCAUGGAAUUAUUAUCAAAAAUUGAACCAACAAUUUGCUGAUCAAAUUAUUAAAAUAUAUAAAAUUGGUGAUACCAUUUGGGUUCAUGAUUAUCAUUUAAUGUUGGUACCUGAAUUAGUUCGUAAAGUCUUACCAAACGCUAAGAUUGGAUUCUCAUUACAUGUUUCAUUCCCAAGUAGUGAAGUAUUUAGAUGUUUUGCUCAUAGAGAGAAAAUCUUGAAAGGGAUUUUAGGUUCCAAUUUUGUUGGUUUCCAAACAAAGGAAUAUGCAAGACAUUUCUUACAAACAUCAAAUCGUUUAUUGAUGGCAGAUGUCGGUACAGAUGAAUUGAAAUUCAAUGGUAAAAUUGUUUCUGUUAAAUAUACGCCUGUGGGGAUUGAUACUUUCACAUUGAAUGAUCAACUGAAAGAUGAAAGAGUAUUCCAAUGGAGACAUUUAAUUAGAGAAAGAUGGGAAGGUAAAAGAUUGAUUGUUUGUCGUGAUCAAUUUGAUAGAAUUCGUGGGUUACAUAAAAAAAUGUUAGCCUUUGAAAGAUUUUUAAAGGAAAAUCCAGAAUAUAUUGAAAAAGUUGUAUUAUUACAAAUUUGUAUCGGUAAGAGUUCUGAUUCAGAAUUAGAACGCCAAAUUAUGAUGGUUGUUGAUAGAAUUAAUUCAUUAUCAUCAAACAUUAGUAUAUCCCAACCAGUUGUAUUUUUACAUCAAGAUUUGGAAUUUGUUCAAUAUUUGGCGUUAAGUUGUGAAGCUGAUAUGUUCCUUGUUAAUUCCUUAAGAGAAGGUAUGAAUUUAACAUGUCAUGAAUUUAUUGUAAGUUCAGAAGAGAAAAAUGCUCCAUUAUUAUUAUCAGAAUUUACAGGUAGUGCAUCAGUUGUGAAAGGUGCUUUACUAAUUAAUCCAUGGGAUAUUCGACAUUCAGCAAAUUGUAUUAAACAAGGUCUUGAAAUGAGUAAAGAAGAGAAAAGACGUCAUUGGAAGAAAAUGAUGAAGAGUGUAAUUGAAAAUGAUUCAGAUAAUUGGAUUUUAUCAUCAUUACAAAAUAUUCAUAAUGCAUGGGAAUUCAAUCAAGAAAGAUCUACUGUUUUCAAUUUGGCGUAUGAUACGUUGUAUACUGAUUAUAAAAAAUCUGAAAAGCAUAUGUUUAUUUUCAAGAUAUCUGAACCACCUACUCCAAGAAUGUUAUCAAUUCUAAAUGAUUUAAGUUCCAAAAACAUUGUUUUCAUUAUGAAUUCAUUUUCUAAAGUUACUUUGGAAAGUUUAUACAACAGAGUCUUAAACAUUGGAUUAAUUGCUGAAAAUGGUGCAUAUGUUAGAUUGAAUGGAUCAUGGUAUAAUAUAGUUCAACAAGUUGAUUGGAAAAGUGAAGUUGUUAAAAUCUUCGAUGAUAAAGUGGAAAGGUUACCAGGAUCAUAUUAUAAAGUUGCUGAUUCUAUGAUUAGAUUUCAUACUGAAAAUGCAGAAGAUCAAGAACGUGUUGCCAGUGUCAUUGGUGAUGCCAUUACACAUAUUAAUACUUUAUUUGAUGAAAGAGGUAUUCAUGCAUAUGUUCAUAAGAAUAUUGUAUUUGUUCAAGAGACAGGACUUUCAUUGGCAGCAGUUCAAUUUUUAUUGAAGUUUUAUAAUAAUACAUCUCAUCCAUUUGAUAAUAGUAGUAUUGCAGUGACACAAUCUGAAAAUACAUUCACACAAAAUGGUAAUGGGCAAUCACAAAUUGAUUUUAUGAUGGUUACAGGUUCUUCAUCACCUGUUGUUGAGCCAAUAUUUAGAUUAUUGAAGGAAGAAGUUGGUAAAGCCACACUGCGUUCUGGUCAUAGUGUUGUUUAUGGAGAAAAUGUUACAUAUACUUAUGCGAAAGAGCAUAUUACUGGUUCUAAUGAAUUGUUUACGAUUUUGCAAAAUAUACCAAGGAUUGAAAAAAGUAAGAACUGA